AUGUGCGCGUCAGCCAAAUAUAACACCCGGGGUCCAGCCCUCAUUCCGAGGAUGAAAACCAAGCAUCGCAUCUACUACAUCACUCUCUUUUCCAUAGUUCUGCUUGGCCUGAUUGCCACAGGAAUGUUCCAGUUCUGGCCUCACUCCAUUGAGUCAUCCAGUGACUGGACCGUUGAAAAACGCAGUGUCCAUGAUGUGCCGGUGGUCAAGCUUCCUGCUGAUAGCCCCAUUCCUGAGCGGGGAGACCUCAGCUGCCGGAUGCACACCUGCUUCGAUGUCUAUCGAUGUGGCUUCAAUCCCAAAAACAAAAUCAAGGUAUACAUCUACUCACUGAAAAAGUAUGUGGAUGAAUACGGGACGUCGGUGAGCAACACCAUUUCCAGGGAGUACAAUGAGCUGCUAACUGCCAUCUCUGACAGUGAGUUCUACACUGACGAUGUCAACCGGGCCUGCCUCUUUGUGCCAUCCAUAGAUGUUCUCAAUCAGAACGCGCUCCGUAUAAAGGAGACAGCUCAGGCUUUGGCACAGUUAUCCAGGUGGGAUCGAGGCACAAAUCACUUGCUCUUCAAUAUGCUGCCUGGAGGGCCACCAGAUUAUAACACUGCCUUAGAUGUUCCUAGAGAUAGAGCUUUGCUGGCUGGUGGAGGCUUCUCCACGUGGACUUACCGGCAAGGCUACGAUGUCAGUAUUCCUGUCUACAGCCCGUUGUCGGGGGAAGUGGAUCUGCCGGAAAGAGGACCAGGUCCUCGCAGGUAUUUCAUUCUGUCAUCUCAAAUGGCUUUGCACCCAGAAUACCGGUCUGAGUUGGAAGCUGUUCAAGCUGAGAAUGGGGAAUCAGUGUUGAUCCUAGACAAAUGCACCAAUCUGUCAGAUGGGGUCCCUGCUGUUCGCAAACGCUGUCACAAGAAUCAAGUCUUUGAUUAUCCUCAAGUGCUUCAGGAGUCUACAUUCUGUGUCGUUCUACGUGGAGCCCGCCUGGGACAGGCUGUGCUAAGCGAUGUUCUUCAAGCUGGCUGUGUCCCAGUCAUCAUUGCUGACUCCUACAUUUUACCUUUCUCUGAGGUUCUGGACUGGAAGAGGGCCUCUGUUGUCAUCCCUGAAGAAAAGAUGCCUGAAAUGUACAAUAUUCUGCAGAGUGUCCCCCAGCGACAGAUUGAAGAGAUGCAAAGACAGGCAAGGUGGUUCUGGGAAGCAUAUUUCCGAUCGAUGAAAGCAAUUGCUCUUGCUACUCUUCAGAUUAUCAAUGAUAGAAUUUACCCAUAUGCUGCCAUUUCUUAUGAAGAAUGGAAUGAUCCUCCAGCUGUGAAAUGGAGCAGUGUGAGCAACCCACUCUUCCUUCCACUGAUCCCACCUCAGUCCCAAGGUUUCACAGCCAUCGUUCUGACCUAUGACCGGGUGGAGAGCCUUUUCCGAGUCAUCACGGAGGUGUCCAAAGUGCCUAGUCUAUCCAAAUUGCUAGUUGUCUGGAACAACCAGAAUAAGAAUCCCCCAGAAGAGUCCCUCUGGCCAAAGAUUCGUGUUCCCCUGAAAGUUGUUAGGACUGCAGAAAACAAACUUAGUAACCGCUUCUUCCCCUAUGAUGAGAUUGAAACAGAAGCAGUGUUGGCUAUUGAUGAUGAUAUCAUUAUGCUAACCUCAGAUGAACUCCAGUUUGGCUAUGAGGUGUGGCGUGAGUUCCCUGACAGGUUGGUUGGAUAUCCAGGCCGCCUGCAUCUUUGGGACCAUGAGAUGAACAAAUGGAAAUAUGAAUCAGAAUGGACCAAUGAAGUCUCAAUGGUGCUCACUGGGGCAGCGUUUUAUCACAAGUAUUUCAACUAUCUUUACACCUACAAAAUGCCUGGAGACAUCAAGAAUUGGGUAGAUGCUCAUAUGAAUUGUGAAGAUAUCGCCAUGAAUUUUCUAGUGGCAAAUGUCACUGGCAAAUCAGUCAUUAAGGUGACCCCACGGAAGAAGUUCAAAUGUCCAGAAUGCACGGCAAUUGAUGGGUUAUCACUGGACCAAACACACAUGGUGGAAAGAUCCGAAUGCAUCAAUAAGUUUGCCUCCGUCUUUGGGACCAUGCCUCUGAAAGUGGUGGAGCACCGUGCUGACCCUGUCCUGUACAAAGAUGACUUUCCUGAGAAACUGAAGAGCUUUCCCAAUAUCGGCAGCUUGUAAAGACAGCUGUGAGCAAACCUGAGUGACGGAAACGACGGCCGAAAAGGUGCUAUGAAUAACAUAGGGCCCUGAAGAACAAAAUCGCUAGAGAGUGGGUUACAUCUGAGGGACAUGGGAAUUCGCGUUGUGUUCUGGUAUGUUGUCUUCCCUUUACAUUGCACAAAGAUGUAAUGGAAGGCUUGAACAACUGCUCCGUUGCUCACAGAGGAUUGAAUCUAUUCACGGGUCCUCCCAGAAAUGUCAAAUAUGCACUUUUCUCCAAAGGAGGCUAUGCACCUGGAAGAAUAAAACAGAAUCUCGCUCUCUGCGGUCUGACUGUCACGACUGACCUCUUCUAUCGAAUGUGCUGCAGUUCUCUGGUUUGUAAGCAUCCAUCCAUCCAAAGCAACUGUUUGCAACGUAUAGCUGCUCUUUUGGGAGGAGCUUAUUGCCUGUGCCCCCUGGUUGGGGGGCCUCUGUCUUUUGAGCUUAAUUGUUGGCCUAACUAACUGUGUAACAAACAUCGUUUUUUCUGCCUAGUGAGACAAAUGUUUAUUUUUGUACAUCAUCAGCAACAAAAAUCUGUGUGUUGUCACAUGGUUUAAAGGGCAAAGCAUUUUGUUUUACUUAAAUUAUUUUGAUGUGAAUUGAGACACACAGCAGCUGGGAGGAUGGUCUCCUUCAAAGCAGAGACCUGCAGGACAGAACUCCAAUUGCUGCACUUCCUGCGUAAAUCUCAGGUUUUGUGCUGAGUCUGUGCAAGAGACUGUGACUCUGUGUCAAAAUUAAGUUGUAUUGUGCAAAAAAAAAAAGUACCUUUCAGUCUUACUUUAUUUUUGCUUUUCAUUAUCAAAACAGAGCAGUCAGGUUACAGUUUUACAUCGUAGCCAUGCAUUGGAACAACAGCUAUGAAAUAAGGUUUUCACAUCUGAAUCGUCUUCAGCAAGCAGUGUGUUGUAGUACUGAUUUGCAAAGCACUUCAGUUUGCAGAAAUUCCCAGUUACAGCUUCGAUGUGCAGGGAUAUGUGUAUGUGCGAGACCCUAUUAACGCACACUUACAAACUCCUAUAAUUUACCAUUGGAAAAACUGCUGGGUCUUUGCUUGUAAUUUAACUAAGGAACCCGUUGCCACAGGCUGCCACUGAAACACAGCUUAGGAGGGCUUUUGGAGAAGCUUUACAUUUCCCACAAGCAUUGGAAUUGUUUCCCAAUACUGAAAUUAACCUGAAUUAGAAGAUUAAAUGCAGCAAAAUUAGAAAUAAAAUUGCCUGGACUGUUACCUCUUGCCCUUCGAUAUUAAAGAUGAUCCCUGGUUAGGCUGAGAAAGGAAUCUCUGUUCCAGCUCCACUGAUAAAAUGUUUGUUACCGGAUUUGGUAAUUGAUUGAUGUCACUGUGGGUGAUUUGACUGUCUUUUGAAACCUCCACCGCUGCCAGUUACAGAGACGCCCUACUCGAUGGGCUCUUUUUUUGUUACACUGCGAGCAACCUUAUUCCUCGAUUUUGCCAAACCUCAAACAAUAGGACAAGUGUUAGGCAUCACGGUUCACCCCCUCUCCUAAGCUGGAUAGGCAGCAAUGACAGAAACCAAAUGAAAGUCAGGCUAGGAACAGGAAACAUCUGCUCCUAUUUGUCUCACCCCCACUAAGACUUAUCUUAUUGCCCAAUGCAGUGGAUGUGCUGUGAAUGAAAAUCAUAUUGGAACAAUAGCUCUGAGGGGAUGCUUCACUUCAUAACUCCCCUGGGAUGUGCCUGUAAACUGUAUCGUCCGAUUCUCUGGGAACGUUUAAUUACUGGUAAAUGUUUUUCGCUGCAGUCUUUGUUUCGUUCCUGAGUUGCUGUGGGAGGGGUGUAUUGGGGGGCUAGAGGGACGGCUGGUGC